GUAUGAUGAUGUUCUUGAUGUUCUAUCAUGCAACAUGGUAAGACUUGCAAGCACGAUCAAAUCUAUGCUUCUUAUCAUUGACUAUAAUUAAUGAAUAUGCAUAACCUAAAUAUUCAUGUAUAUACAGAUGGAUUGUGCUGUCAAAGCCAUAGUGUUGGAGUUACCUAAGCGGACAGAGAUAUGUAUUGGUCCUGAUGCUUUUACUAAACUGAGAAAGUUGAAAUUGCUUAUCCUGAGCAAUGUUUCUUUCCAAGGUCCUGUAUGUCUUCCUAAUCAGCUAAGAUAUUUGGGAUGGGCUGGAUGCAUUCCCUGGAUUCCAGAAUUUUCCUCUGGUCCAAAUAAAUUAGUGGUACUUGAUAUCAGCGGAGGCAGAAUGCUAGGAGAGCCAAAACAAUUUGAGUUUUCGCAGGGCUUCCAAAACUUGAAGUACAUCAGUUUCUAUGAAUGCGGCUCGCUGGUUUGUACACCCGACUUGUCCCGUACUCCAAAUCUGAUGGAGUUGGAGAUCCAGUCUUGCGACAACUUGGAAGUAGUACAUGAGUCGAUUGCAAAUCAUGACAAGUUACAGGUGGUGGAUAUAAAUGAUUGCCCUAAACUUCAUUAUUUUCCAAUUCUCCAUUCAAAAACUCUCCAAGCUCUCCGUAUUGAAGAAUGCGAAUAUUUUGAAAGGUUCCCGGAUAUUCCACAUGAACUCGAAGGCCUAAAAGAGCUUUGUUUUAGAUAUACUGCAAUCGAAGAAGUUCCUACAUCAAUAGAAUAUCUUGUCUCUUUGAGGAGAAUGCGCUUAGGUGGUUGCUAUAGGCUGAUAAGCCUUUCGUCUAGCAUUUACAAGUUACAAAACUUAGAAGAAUUGGAACUUAAUGAGUGCAAAAAGCUAACCACCUUCCCCAAGUACGAUUAUUCAGCUGAUUCAGGCAUGAAGACCGGACUUCCAAAAUUACGCAAAUUAAACUUUAGGUAUUGUAGUCUAUUCGAAGUUGAGUUUCUUGAGAACCUUUUAUGUGUUCCCCUUUUAGAAAGUUUAGAGCUGCAUGGGAAUGAAAUUACCAGCCUUCCUAUGUCCAUCCACAAGCGUGAUCAUUUGUCCACAUUGAUAGUUUCAUGGUGCGAUGGAUUACGAGAGAUUCCGAAGCUUCCACCAUAUGUUAUUUUGUUUGACGCACAAAAUCACCAUCCUCUGAAGAAUACUGAUCAUUUGACUUCAUUGGAUGAUUUUGUCCGUAGAGGGUUGGCCAUGGCUGAUAUUUCCUCACAGGAGAGGCCCGAGUGCUCUAUUAUUAUUCCCGGAUGCCGGAUGCCAGAGUGGAUCCUCCCUGUUGAAGGGGAUUCAAUAUCUUUCAUGGUUUCAGAGGAUUUGUAUCAUAAGUUUCUUGGAUUAAGUCUCUGUAUGGUUGUUCAUGGAUAUGGAGAGGGGCCCAAUCUCUUGAAGAUUAAAAAACAUGUUAAUGGCCAAAGUCGGGGUUCCCAACGACAGGGUUUGUUGUCUAAUGGCAUGGAUCAUGUUUGGCUUCAUAAUUCCAUAGAUCUAUGGGGAGAAGUCGAUUUUGGUCAAAUUGAGGGGAGAUACGUACAAUUUAGCCUUACAACACAGCAUUUAAGAGUGAAAAAAUGGGGGCUCCGAAUAAUAUGCAAGCAACUAAAUGAUGAUUUAAGGAUUGAGAUUCUGGACAAUCAGAUAAUGGAUCUAGCUUUACUCAGCGAGGUUGUUCUUGAAUCAACUGAUUUAGAAGCCGAGAGUUCACAUAUACAUGAAGUUAGUUCGAUUGAAAUAGAUCCUCAGGAAGACUUGCAAGAUUGUCAAAUGAGUACUGAGGAAUAUAGACAAACAGUACUUCAUGAGCUGUCCUCCCUCGAGGCAUGCGAACCAAGACCAUGGGAGCUUCUAAAUCGAUUGGCAGAGAUGAGUAUGGCAGUGUUUGCUCGCUGCUUUUGUUGUUAGGAUGAUCAGGAAACCCGCU